AGACGGGUCACUUGUCACAAACCUCAUCCCAUCACCGUCCAUCCAGGAUCUCCGACGAGGGAAGAUAUUCGCUGACUCUCUCUCUCUCCCACGACUUCCCCGCGACCCACGUCCCAGCUCCCUAAGCAGGGCUUGAUACCUAUCAUGCGAACCCGAUAAACGCAACAACCUCCCAUCUUUCUCAGCACCAGCGACCCCCGCGGCUUCCGCCUCUUUGACCCAAGCUUGAAAUUACGAACCUCGCCUUUUUUCUCCCUCUUGACGCGAAACACCGUCGACCGCUCCUUUUAUCGGCUACCCGCGACAAACCGACACCAUGGGUUACAUUCUCUACUCCGUCUCCGUCUUCUUCAUCAUCGUCGCCACGGCGCUCUUCCUCACCCGCUCGCGCUGGGUCCCGAACGUCCCGGACCUCCCAGGCGCAGGUUACAUCUACUCGCGGCUGCCCAACAGUUUCGCAGGCGAUAUUGAGGCGGGCUUGACGAGCAGCACGUUUGAUCUGAGCGGCAACGUCGAGGAUGGAGACUCCCGCGCGGGACUGGAUGAUGCGGCCAAGGCCGAGGUGCUCAAGAUCAUGAAGAAGCGCCGCCUGACAUUUGACAAGGCGCGCAAGGUGUACAUGGAGAGCCGGUUCAAGGCCAACGGCAUCGGCGCGGAUGGCAUCCCCCGGGAUCCCAAAUUCGUGAGCUUCUCCUGAGAGGGAGCCCAACCGAUUUAGAUCUGUUUCAGACCCCUUAUACACUGCCCGUCGACAUCAGGCGACGCCUAAUUAAUGCCUUAACCACGAUUACUACCACUACCAACAUCACCAAAACCACGACCGACCGCGGGUCAUUACUAUCCCUUGAUGCUUUGGACCAUCCAUCGCAUCAAACUACUUGGCACAACUGUUGCACUUUUCUUGCUUGUCUUUCCACUAUUUCUUUUUGUUUUGUCUCUGGGAGGAAAUGGGAACGAGGAUUCGCCCAUAGCCAUGCAGUCAUUGUCUGCACGGUAAGGAGUUUCAGGAUGCCAAUUAUUAUUAAAUUUUGAGGUCUAGCUUU